CCCCCCGCUGCGACGGUGUCUCUGCAUACGCAGCUCGCUAACCUGCCGCCGACAGUACGACCCGACCAUUGAGGAUUCGUACCGGAAGCAAGCCGUGAUCGACAACCAGGCCUGCAUGCUCGAGGUGCUCGACACGGCGGGGCAAGAGGAGUACACGGCGCUACGAGACCAGUGGAUCCGCGACGGCGAGGGCUUCAUCCUGGUCUACAGCAUCUCGUCCCGGUCAUCCUUCACGCGCAUCAGGAGAUUCCACCACCAGAUCCAGAGAGUAAAAGAGUCGGCCGCAUCGUCACCCUCGUACCCAGGCUCGCCCAUCUCGGCGGCCAACCAGUCAGCGCCGGUCCCCAUCAUGCUCGUCGGGAACAAGAGCGACCGCAUCGCGGAGCGGGAGGUCUCGACGCAAGAAGGGCACGCCUUGGCCCGCGAGCUGGGCUGCGAGUUCGUCGAGGCGUCGGCCAAGAACUACAUCAACGUCGACAAGGCAUUCUACGACGUCGUGAGGAUCCUCCGCAGGCAACGGCAAGCCGCCGCCCUGCCCAUGGCCCCCUCGGGUGGGAGCAAGCACGAGUCGAGGAGGACAGAUUCCAGCAUUCAGUCGGAAAAGGGCCGAUACCGACGCGAUCGCGAGCGCCGCCGAGGCUGCGUCAUCCUAUGAGCGGCGAGACCGCCUCUCCCCGCCGCGCUUUUCUUUUCGCCCCGCUUGCCACCUCUACCCUCACAAAACGCCUCUGCGCCAGCUCGGAACUCCUCUCUUCUCCCUGCGCCAAGGGACCAUCCGUUAUAGAGGAGACGGCAACCGUGUCUUAGGCAACGGUGGCGCGGGGAUCUCUCGGCACAAUAAGCACAGUGGCG